UAUUCUCAUAAACAAUUGGCUGGUUCUCAACCGCGAGCAAUCAUUGUGGACUGAAUCACAUGAUUUGACAUCAAAUUAUUGUUGUAAAUUCCUAGAAAACCGCGGGAGUGCUUUCUAUCGCGAUAGAUGGGCCAGAAUGAUCGCCGAACGAGCGGAAAUAGUUCAAGUAGCCAAUUAGAGCCCGUACAUGUGAUUAUGCACUCAUAUAUCGGAACAUCCAGCGUGUUGUCGCCAUCUUCAGAUCGUGCCAGGGUUGUACAAACAGCAUCUACCGACCACACUAAGACUUUUGGCCAAUUUCUGUUCCUGCCCUCUCUUCUUUCCUUUUGCAGACGACGUUGGCAACCGCUGCUGUACGUCAUCGCGGAUGACGCCCUCUCCCAGCACAAUCACGAGAGCUUAAGCUCUGCAGUCUUCUGCGAUCUCGAGAUAUCUGCUGAGAAGAUAUUGACACUUCUAGAAAGAGUCACACUUAACAAGCCAAUCUUUAUAGGCGACCAAGCAACUCCGUUAUUGCUUGACCAAAUUUGCGUUCAUGGGCAGCUGCGAGUCAGAGCUUCUUUUAUCUUCGCCAAGUCGUAUGUGGCUUGAGACUAUAAUCUGAUAAGAUUCUUAGCGUGGCCGAAUCAACCGAAUGUACAAUGCAGGCCUCGUAAUUGCCGAUUCUACAGCACAUCGAAGAAUGAAGAGGAACAGCAGGAGCGAGUAGUUGUUCAUGCU